AUGAAAAUUAUUCUUUUUGCGCUGAUUCUCUGCACUGUUUCGGCAUGGGUGACAUAUUUGCCGAAGGACAUCGACAACAAACCUCCUUGGUGCGAGAUCUGCAUAGAUCUAGCCAAGAAGCUAAAAGAAGCCCUAAAUGGAGGUGAAGAAUUGAAGGAGGUUGCUCAUAAAUUCUGCAACGAAAAAAUACCAUUGCUUCUCAUAGAAGCAUGCCACAAAAAUGUGGACAAUUAUUGGGAGAAAGUUAUCGAAUCACUGGAGGUGAGCUUCGAACAAAAGAAUUAUUUUAUCUCAAUCUAG